UGAAUUUUUUGUGCUAUAUUUUGGAAAACUCAGACGCGUUGCUUCGUAGUAGGCACGAAUACUCCGAGGUGAUCGUUUCGUAAAAUCUGUCAGAUUCAGAUCGAUUUUAUUUUUGUGUAUUAACCGUACAAACAGCAGCAACAACAUGAGCACCGUGGAUGAGGAUCUGACCCCCGAGCAAAUUGCCGUUCUCCAGAAGGCAUUCAACAGCUUCGAUCAUCAAAAGUCUGGCAGUAUUCCCACCGAAAUGGUUGCCGAUAUUCUGCGUUUGAUGGGUCAGCCCUUCGACAAGAAGAUCCUUGAGGAACUGAUCGAGGAGGUUGAUGAGGACAAGUCUGGUCGCUUGGAAUUCGGUGAGUUCGUACAGCUGGCUGCCAAAUUCAUUGUGGAGGAGGAUGCCGAGGCCAUGCAGAAGGAAUUGCGUGAGGCAUUCCGUUUGUAUGACAAACAGGGCAAUGGUUUCAUUCCCACCACCUGCCUGAAGGAGAUUCUUAAGGAACUUGAUGAUCAGCUCACUGAACAGGAAUUGGACAUUAUGAUUGAGGAAAUCGAUAGUGACGGUUCCGGUACAGUUGAUUUCGAUGAAUUCAUGGAGAUGAUGACCGGCGAGUAAAUAAAAUAAACGCAGUCCCAAGAUCCACACACACACACACACACACAAAUGUACACAUACAUACAAUGACACUCACACCUACACACAAUACAAAAGCAGACAUACACACCUGGCACACACACCCACACACACACAGAGACACGCACACCGACACACCUGUUGGGCACACGUUUAGUUUAUUUGUUUAUAUUUGAACAUUUGUUUCAUGUCGUAAACAAAUCCACGUAUUUAAUUUCAAAUUAAUAGCAUUAAACACUUUUGUACUACUUUUUUAUACCAAAAAAAAAAAACAAACAAAA